UACAGCACCGAUUGUUUACGUCGCCCAAAAAACUGCGCACUUGUCACGAACCGCACAACCCGCGGGCAGCUCAAGUGUGGAGGAUCUCGUCAAACCGGCACAGAAGAGCUCCAGAUCUUUCCCGUAGACUUGACUACAACAGACAGCGUCUAGAUAGAAGAGAAGACCAUAUAGCCGAACCUGCUAGCGUUAUAACGUCGUGGAAUAUUCCGCUACCCGGAAGUGCUACCACAGGUAGAGAAGUACGAUGUGGAAGAUAUUGACGUCCAGUUCCCGGAUUCUCUGGGAGAAGGGCCUGCCCGACUUACAGAAGCUGACAGCUGCAGUACCAGCAGUUAUCGGAAGAUGUCAGCAUUCCGAGACCGGCCAUGGACCAGGUCCAGCACCAGUGGGAAGUCUUGGUUCCUCCCAUGGCUACACCGGCACCACACAGGACGUGCAUUCACCGGUGAGUGGCGCAGGUCGGAGGCCGCAACACAACCCGACACCCGUCAGACAACAGCAUAUUGACGCCUCCCGGCACAAGCAGCUGCCCCUGACAGACGACCUGAUGCCUCGGCUGAUUGACAGGAGGAACGGACAGAAGGUCAAGCCGACCUUCUCAGUAGAGGAACUCCAGCGGAGGCUGAAUCUGCUGCGUACGUUCAUGAUCACCAGCAGAAUAGACGCAGUCCUCUUCACGUCCUACCAUAACAUCAACUACUACGGCGACUUUCUGUACUGCGCCUUCGGCCGGACAUACGGGCUGGUCGUCACCAUGGACAAGGUGCUCUCCAUAUCCGCAGCCAUCGACGGUGGCCAACCCUGGAGAAGAACGCAGAUCGGUGACAAUAUCAUCUACACCGAUUGGCAGCGUGACACCUUCUACCACGCGGUCCAAGCGGAGCUGGCCGGGCGAGGCCUCAUGACGCUCGGCGUGGAGUUCGACGACAUGGCGCUAGAUGGCUUCACCAAGCUGAACCUCGCCGUGCCCGACAUGCAGAAAGUAGACAUAGGAAAACCCACCAUGCGCCUGCGCAUGAAGAAAUCGGACGAGGAGAUCGCACUCAUCAGAGAGGGCGCGCGUAUUGCCGACCUGGGCGGGUGGGCUGUGGUGGAGGCACUAGAAGAGGGCGUGCCUGAGUACGAGCUGGCGAUGCACGCCUCCAACACCAUGACACGGGAAAUUGCCAGGACCUACCCGCAUGGCGAACUCAUGAACACUUGGGCAUGGAUCCAGUCAGGGAUCAACACUGACGGAGCACACAACCCUGUGACGUCACGGCGCGUGCGCAGUGGAGACAUCCUGUCACUCAACACCUUCCCCAUGAUUGCUGGGUACUACACUGCCCUUGAGAGGACCUUGUUCUUGAACCACGCCUCCGAUGCACAUCUCGCACUCUGGGAGAUCAACUGCCAAGUACACCGGCGGGGCCUGGAGCUGAUCCGGCCGGGAGCGCGCUGCUGUGACAUCGCCACUGAGCUGAACGAGAUGUACCGGGAACACGGGCUGCUGCAGUACCGCAGCUUCGGCUACGGGCACUCCUUCGGCUCUCUCUGUCACUACUACGGCAGGGAAGCAGAAUUGGAACUGCGUGAAGACAUCCCGACCGUUCUCGAGCCCGGGAUGGUCGUCUCCAUGGAGCCGAUGAUCAUGAUACCCGAGGGCAUGCCGGGAGCGGGCGGUUACCGGGAGCACGACAUCCUGGUAGUGACGGAGGACGGGGCGGAGGACAUUACAGGCUUCCCAUUCGGUCCCGAACACAACAUCAUCAAGACAUAGCCGCGUCGACUUACAUCACCGGACCAGAGACGUCAACAGAAAUGCUAUAUAUAUGUAGGUCGAUAUGAGACAUCAGGGAGGUCUUAUUAUAUAUAGAAAUCACCACGUACUCGGUUCUUGCAAAGGGGCAUUAGUAUAGAGUAAAUCAAAACAGCGCCAUAAGAAAUAUUUAGUCAGGUGCUCAUAGUCACAAAAUAUCAUAGCAAAACGUCUUUGCCUUGUAGAAAGCGUCAUCAUCAAGAAACAAUCCGAACCAAAAAUGGCAUCUCGGUGGACCAGGGUGACAUUGGCUCCUCAUGUACAUUGGUGCAAGUUUAUUUUGGUGCGUUGGCCAACUACUGUUUUAUGUAUUACCAGGGUAUUUGUACUCACGUGACUAUGACGUAAUCACUGUGCGCCAUGCUGGGUGGUUAAACCUGGAAGUGGUCAGGUAAAUUUACAUUUGCCUAAGGUAAUCACGGCCACGUCAAUAUGAGCAUGCGGAUUUUUUUUCGUCCUACUGAUAUAGCUUCAAGCAAAUAGUAUGGCAGCCCGUAUAGUCUAAUAUUUCAACCCUCAACUACAAAGAAAAUUCAACGAACAAGUUCAAAUAUGACGGCGUAUACUUAUAGAAAAAACAUUUAGGUCUAUUGAGCAACAGUUUGUAUACUCAAUAAAUAGUAUAUAGCAGGUUUCAGCAGCAUAGUUUGUGCUAACCUUCAUGUCGAGAGAGCAAUACUAGUACUGCUCUAUAGUUUAAUUGCAAUGAAUUACCUAUUGUGUUAGUGUGCUGGUGCUCAAAUUGUAAGAAAGCGUAGUUGCCUUCUUUAUGUUAGUUUCUCUACUAUAUCUCUGUACGUACGUAAUGUAACGAUUAAGAGCAGUUAUUUUUGCUUUUCACUCCUAACGUCGCUAUUCAUUUGUACCUUGGGAAAUGGUAUGCUUAAUAUGAUCAUAAAGUUAGCUUUUUAAACAAGGGUGCACAUUUUAUAUACUAUAUACAAAAAGGAUAUGUGCCCGUUUUCAAUAAACUUGCAUUUUUUAUAGUAGCUUGAUUCAGUCAAUAUUACUUGUAAUAAAAUCAUGUUAUUACUU